UAACGCAGAGGGGCUGGGAGCUGCACAUCAGUCGCUGGUCCUAUCUGGAGCACGGUACUAUUUCGUCUCAAACACUUUUGCUGCAUUGAUUCGCGUCAUUUGAUGAAUUUCAUGCUGUGGGUUUGUUAGAGAUUGCGGAGCGUACGGGUUUGAAUCUCAUCUCUCUGAUCAUUUAGUCCAAAGGUAUAAAUCAGCUUGCUGGCAUUGGAAUGUGGAGUUGGGGCUGGGCUAGAUUCUUGAUUUAGUUUGUUUAAUGAAGUAUGGCAGCUUUAAUCUCAAGAAGGCUCCAACGUUCUUUUGGUUCCUUGUAUUCAAUAGGCCAUCGUUGUUAUUCACCAAAUCCUACUCAUCCGCCAUUAAUUAAACCGGAUGAUAUAUGCAACAGUUUAGUCGGGGACAGACUGUUUUCUGCAGAACGUUCUGGCUUUCUCUCGGUUAGGUCAUUGACCUGUUCUCAUCGGCUGUUUUCAACUUCUGUUUUAACUCCUGGGUCUGGUGAUAAUACAUUUCCCUCUGAUUUGUUGUCUAAAGUGCCAGGGGCUGCUUCUGAGCGCACUAUGGGGCUUUACCAGGAUCUUUUGAUUCCAGUGACCAAUUUCCAUAAUGAAGACAAGGGCUUAAUGGUUUUAGCUGGUGAUGUUUUUGAUGUUCCUAUUAGGAAAGAUAUUAUCCAUCGUGUUGUUAGGUGGCAGCUUGCCAAAAGACAGCAGGGAACACACUCUACAAAAACUAUUAGUGAGGUCAGUGGGACAGGAAGAAAGCCUUGGCGACAAAAGGGAACUGGUAGAGCAAGACAUGGUACUUUACGAGGGCCUCAGUUCAGGGGUGGUGCCACUAUGCAUGGCCCUAAGCCCAGAAGCCAUGCCUUCAAGCUCAACAAGAAGGUCCGCCGGUUGGGGUUGAAGAUUGCUCUGUCAGCACGUGCAGCAGAAGGAAAGCUUCUUGUAUUUGACGAUUUGGAGGUUCCCAACCACAAGACCAAGAAUAUCGUGAACUAUGUCUCUCAAAUGGAAGAUACCAAGAAACUUUUGCUUGUAGAUGGUGGUCCAAUCGGGGAAAAGUUGAAGCUGGCUACACAAAAUCUUCAUUAUGUUAACAUACUUCCUUCCAUUGGGUUGAAUGUCUACAGUAUUUUACUGCAUGAUACAUUGGUGAUGUCCCGUAAUGCUGUUAACAGAAUUGUUGAGCGUAUGCACACUCCAAUAAACCGUUGAGGCAGUUUUCGGUUAUAUCUUAGUCAGAAUUAGGAAUGAUUCACCCCACCCUCCUUCCUUUCUUCUGUAAAACAUGAGGAGACCAAGUUGUAUGCGAUUUUUGUUAAUUAGAAGUUGGGCAAGUGACGCCAAAUUUGCAGCUGUGAAGCUUGGAAUUUUAGGAACUGUGAUGACUGAAUUUUGAUGAAGUUUAAUUAGAGUGCUCGUGUUUCUUGAGGCUUCUAAUCGUGA